AUGGCUCACGAAAACGUUUGGUACUCACACCCUCGCAAGUACGGUAAGGGCAGCAGACAAUGUGCGCACACUGGUCGCCGUCUCGGUUUGAUCCGCAAGUAUGACCUUAACAUUUCUCGUCAAAGCUUCCGUGAGUACGCUGCCGACAUCGGCUUCGUUAAGUACCGUUAA